CUAUAUCACCCUGUGGGACUACCCAUGUUUCUUUUGUCACGAUUCUCUUGCUCUCACUAGCUUAAUCAAAAAAGUGAUUAAUCACAAGCUAGAAUCACAAAAUAAUCUAUUAUUUAUCACUACUAGUGUACAAAUUAAAUCAUAAAUAAAAUAAAACCCAACAUAUCAAAACAAAUACUAAGAUUCAUUCUCUCCCUGUCUCUCUCUCUCUCUCUGUCUCUUCACAUCCUGUUGUUAAAGCUUUGUUUUUUAUUUUCUCUGAAAAUGAAAACACCAAACAUGGAAGACACAACAAACACAAACACAACCUUAACUUCUCCAGAUCUUUCUUCUAAGAGACACUUUCAUUGGACAAACAAAGUUGGAAAUGAAGAACCAGAAGAACCCUCAACCAUGUCCAAAAUCAUAGAACAACAAACCAAAAACGACAAUGAAAAAGUUGUUUCAGGACAUUCAUCAACAGCAAGGAAGAAGCUUCAAUCCGUAGCAAUUUCAAGGCUUCGUUCAGUUCUAACAGUCUUCAACAAGAACCGUUCAAAUCUCCCUUCCGGUCUCGGUUCACGAGUUGUGGGAACGCUCUUCGGUUACCGUCGUGGCCAUGUCCAUUUCGCUUUUCAGAAAGACCCCACUUCACAACCAGCUUUUCUCAUCGAGCUCGCAACACCAAUCUCUGGUUUGGUUCGUGAAAUGGCUUCUGGGUUGGUUCGAAUUGCUCUUGAAUGUGACAAGGUGAAGGAGGUGAAGGAGAAAGAAACUGAGAAGAAGAGUUUGAGGUUGUUGCAAGAGCCUCUUUGGAGGAGUUCUUGUAAUGGGAAAAAGUGUGGAUUUGCGAAUAGGAGAGAAUGUGGGGAGAAAGAUUGGGAGAUUUUGAAAGCUGUGGAGCCAAUUUCAAUGGGAGCUGGUGUUUUGCCAAGUGCUGAAGGUGGUUGUUCUGAUGGGGAAGUUAUGUAUAUGAGAGCUAGGUUUGAGAGAAUUGUUGGGUCUAGAGAUUCUGAAGCUUUCUAUAUGAUGAAUCCUGAUAGCAAUGGUGCACCUGAACUCAGUGUUUAUUUGCUUAGAGUUUAGUUUCUUAGUUAUAGCAGUAUUGUUAAUUACUGUUUUGUUAAUACUUUAAUCUUGGUUGGUGCAUGUUUGGAAUUACGAUGAGUUUGGCGAGAUCGCGACAGUGUAGUCUUUGUUGAAAUUACGGUGGCGUGUUGUGAAUCUGCGAAACUCGCUGUGAAUCCAAACAUGGACUUGGAAUGGUGGACUAGGUUAUUGAUAUUCUAGUUGUUUGGAUCUUGAGUCAUGAAAUGGAGGCCUAGUUGGGUUUCUGUUGUUUCUUUUUUUAGGCUAGGGAGAAAGGGGGGAAAUUGUGGGUGAUCAAUACUAGUACUUUACAGCUUGGUGGUGGGGUGGGGUGGAUCAAGAAAGGUGUAUAUGUAUAGUUUUAAUUUCAAUC